AUGGAAGCCGUUUCCAGAACGCCAGUCGUGCGUGUUAGUGGCCAAACCCUCGACUUCCUGAGGGGCUUAUUCUGUGGUCGAAGCCUCGACGUCCGGAGGGGCUCAGUCUUUCGCACGACUGGACAAGUGACAAUUGUGUCGACUCGUGACAUUCAACGACUUAGGACUCAGGGCAGGACCACCCGAUUUGUACAAGCUCCAAAAACAUCUGUUGCUGGAUGUACCCAAAGCGAAAAAGAACGUUAUUGA